CUUGGAGCUAUUAACACCAGCAUUCUCUGAGAGAGGACUGUCCACAUGAACACCCUUCUAUUGUUGGCCUUGACCAUGGCCUUUGGCCUGCUGCAGACCCACGGGAGUUUGCAGAAUCUCAGCGAAAUGAUUCGGUUGGCGACAGGAAAGAUUGCUGUGUGGGGUUAUGGCUUCUAUGGUUGCUACUGUGGCGUGGGCGGCCGAGGAUCCCCCUUGGAUGCAACAGAUUGGUGCUGCGCCGAACAUGACUGUUGCUACGAACAUCUGGAGAAGUGGGGAUGUGGCACCAAGUCAGUGAACUACAACUCUACUUACGAAAAGGGCCAAAUCAUCUGUGGGGAUCAGGAUUACUGUCGCAGGCAGGUGUGUGAAUGUGAUAAAGCAGCUGCCUCCUGUUUUGCGAGAAACCUGAACACCUACAAUAAAGAGUACCAAUUCUACAACAACUGGAACUGCCAACUGGGAAAACUCCAGUGCUGAGGUCCCGCCCCCGGAAGCCUCGCCUCCCGCCUCCCACGCUGAGCUUCCCUCUCUGGCCCCCACCCCUCCCCGCCCUGGCUCGUUCCUGGCAAAGAAGGAAACACCCCUCUCCCAUCCCAGAGACAAGCCAGGAGCCCCUUGACCCCCAGAGAGAAGCCUUCCUUCCAGAAUGAGAAGCCCCGGGGCAUGUGGCCUGGCGCCUUUCCCCUCUUCCUUGGGAGGCAGGAGAUGUCCCGUCCACACUGCUCUCCAAGUCCUGCUUCCUGCUUAGCUGUGGCGGCUACAUUCCCAGGGUCUCCUCUAAAUAAAGCAAUUAGUUCAUUGGCAAA